UAACAAUAGACGCGUUGUUGCGCUCCGUUUGGUUACAGAAUACAAACAAACAAAUAGAAAACCCAAAAUAACCGAGAAAAGAAAAUUAGAUAGAGAGAAGAAGAAAGCGUAUCUGGAAUUUUCGUUUCGUUGGUGUGUCGUGUGCGUGUGGAGGUUCUUUUCUUUGAGACUUUCCUUCAAAUUCUAGAUUGCUUCCCUUUCUUUUCUUUCCCUUAUAACCACCAACCUCUCCCUUUCCCCCUUUUCAUUUCUUCCUCGAUUUUCCAUUUCCAUAACCUUAGUCAUCCUCUUCUUUCAUCUUUCUCCCUAACGGUAUCGAGGGAAAAAUAUGGCGGAAGAACACAGAUGCCAGGCACCGCGCUUCUGCGCCAACAAUUGCGGUUUCUUUGGCAGCCCUGCCACGCAGAAUAUGUGCUCCAAGUGCUACCGCGAUUUCCAGCUCAAGGAGCAGCAAUCUUCCAACGCCAAGAUGGUUCUCAAUCAGUCGCUGGUUCCUUCACCGCCACCGGCGGUGAUUUCUCAGCCGUCGUCUUCUUCUUCGGCCGCGGUAGAUCCGUCAUCGGCGGUGGUUGAUGACGCGCCACGCGAGUCGGAGGAGGUUAAGGCGCCGCAGCAGAACCGGUGUAUGACGUGCAGGCGGCGCGUGGGGCUCACAGGGUUCAAGUGUCGGUGCGGGAUGAUGCUGUGCGGGACCCACCGUUACCCGGAGCAGCACGCGUGCGAGUUCGACUUCAAGGGGAUGGGGAGAGAGCAGAUCGCGAAGGCGAAUCCGGUGGUGAAGGGCGAGAAGCUCGACAAGAUCUGAAACGAAUGAACGAAGGGUGUUAUGGUAAUUUCGUGUUUAUCAAGUUGGUGGUGAUGGAUAACGGAUGCGAAACGCGGGUCGGAUCAUUGACCCGUAAAAGGCGGUGGGUGAGUGGGUGAGUUUGGUGGGUCAUUGUUAUGUGGUUGCGUUGUCAUUGUAAAUUAAAAAAUUUGAAAAACAUUUCAAUUGUCAUUCACCUUCUUUCUGGUUGAAAGCUGCUACUAUUUCUAAUUCUUUAA